AAAAGACAUUUGGAUUUUCAGUGUCUGGGAUACCACAUUUGUUUCAGAAAUAAUUAUCAGCUUUAUGGUCAUAUCAAUACAAUUGUGUUUGUGAUACACAGUAGUUUUGUAUCAAGGUAUGUUUGCGGAUUAGGUUGCAUUAGAAAAAACAACAGUGGGCUGUUAAACUGGAUGGCUUGUUAAAGACCUUCACCUUAAAAGAAAAUAGGUUGAUGAAAAUAUUGUUGUACUUUUUUGUGUUAAAGGUCACACAAACACCUGUGAUCAUGAUUAAUGGUGUUUUCCCAGGCAGGUCAUGAAAAAGAUAUAAACUGUGUGCAACAUCUAGGACCUCAGAUUAGGUUUUAAUGUAGGAGUGUAAUGAGACCUUGAACUUUGUGCCCCUUGCAAGGGAAGUGCUUUUGAAGUUAAAAAACAUGUUAACAAUGUACCACACAGAUUCCUUCUGGUCUAAAAACACCCUAAGCAAUCUAUUGUCUUGAGAAAGUGUGGAAAAUGAGAACUUGACAUUUGAAAGUGCCUCAUUUCCACAUUUUGUUCACUUUUCCUUAAACACAGUCGUGAUUGGCAUGAUAAGAUGUUGGCAACACCUCCUCACUUGUAUAUGUAUCGGCAGUAUAAAGUUUUUAAAAAAAGUGUGUUUGUGUGGAAAGACACGUUCAGCUCAGAAAUGUCUUUUACGCAAAUAUCCCACUAGAUGGCACUAUGGACAGCUAUGGUCCCAUAUAAAGUUUGGAUUUCUAACAAUUUAACAACCAGGCUGGGACCUAUUUCAACAAAAAAAGAUCCCUCUGCAAUGCAGUACAUGUGUUGGAGUCAUUGUAUUAACCAGUAUGAUAAAACUGGGUAUCAUUGGCCAACCUGUAAUUAAAGUGAUGUCAUAACAUUCAUUUCAUUAAGUAAUGGCAGUGUUUUGGAUAUUAAAAUAAUAAGUAACUGGCCAAAAACACCAACUGAUGGUUUAUGAAAAUAAGACCAAUUAUGGGAAACACCCUACUACAUACUAUAAACAUGUCGCUCCUCUAAAAAUAGCACACCUGUAAAGAGAUUUUACUAUGAAAACCACAAGGGACAUGAGGGUUUUAUUCAAAGUAAAACAGUUCUCUCUGGUGGUUGGAUGGGUACAGUAUCUCUCAAAGUGCGAGACGGAGUCAGCAUGUUCUUCUUCAUUAGGGUGAUGUCAAAAUACGUUUGAAUCACAAGAGAAGUAAAUGACCCGAGAAUUUCCAGUGACAGAUUUACACGAUGUGGUGUGGUUGAGGUGACAGAACACUCAGCGAUAAUGAUUGUUCACUUCUUUUAUUAUAGUGUUAUAAAUCUGGCAUUCAUUACUAAGAGUAAUUGUAUUUUCACUUGCUGCUUAACUUAGCUGACACAGACUUAAAUGUUUGUAUAUAAUAUAAUUUGUAUACAUAUAAUGCACAUUUUAUUUAAUACAAGGUCUAUUUAGGCAGGAUUUCCAACCAGAGCACUUGAAUGCACGUCAAGUCGUAGAAAUCAGAAGGCGGAGCCUGUGAGUGGGCCAUGAAGGCAGCAUCACACUUUGUAUAAGUGUUAUUAGAGCGGCAGACUUGAGAGUUGCAACUAGUCGGUGCAGGAUGGACUGAACUUCAGUGAAGCCCGUGAACUAAACAGUUCUCUGACUUUUAAAUUACAAACCUCUCUUAUCUUGUCUAGCCUAGUACUGGAAUCUGGUGUGUGAACACAUUUUAUUUUUUAUCUGUGUGAUUUUUUUUUUCCAUUAAUUAUAAUUUAUUUUUUAUGUGAGUGUCUGUGAGACAGUGAGAGCCGGUUUUGACUCUGACAUGGCUGAGGUACCGCCACCACAGUCACAGCCGGUCGAAAUAGACCCGGAAUUUGAGCCUCUCUCCCGCCCGCGGUCCUGCACCUGGCCGCUGCACCGGCCGGAGCUCAAUGACCCGGCCAGCUCCAACACGUCCUCCCCGGCACCGUCGGUGCAGCAGGAGCCGGGAGGAAACACCGAAUUCAUUAGUAAUCUCGGCUUGUUGGAAGAGGACUAUGAGGAGUACGCAGAGCAGAAACCGCCUUUGCCCUGCAAUAAUUUUCAGUGUCGGGAGGGAAACUGUGUGAAUCUACAUCACCACCAACUCCACCACCACCACCACCUUCAGCAGCAGCAGCAGCAUCAUCAGCAGCAGCAGCUCCCGAGUCCGCAGCUGCCACCUCAGCAACAGGUGCCUCCUCCUGGUGUCGCACCCGUGGGCAGCUCCGGCCAGAGGAAGAGCAGCUCGUCCCGUCGUAACGCCUGGGGCAACAUGUCGUACGCUGACCUGAUUACCAAGGCGAUAGACAGCUCACCUGAGAAGAGGCUGACACUGUCUCAGAUUUACGACUGGAUGGUCAAGAAUGUGCCUUACUUCAAGGAUAAAGGAGACAGUAAUAGUUCCGCGGGCUGGAAGAACUCCAUCAGACACAACCUGUCCCUGCACAGCCGCUUUGUGCGCAUACAGAAUGAGGGAACAGGAAAAAGCUCCUGGUGGAUGCUGAACCCAGAGGGGGGAAAGAACGGAAAAUCACCUCGACGCAGAGCUGCCUCCAUGGACAACAACAGUAAGCUUGCCAAGAGCAGAGGAAGGGCCACAAAGAAAAAGGAAGGGGUUGAGGGAGGAGCAGGCAGCCCUGGUUCCCAGUACUCUAACUGGCUGGGAAGCCCAAACUCCCACAGUAACGAGGACUUUGAAGCAUGGAGCUCUUUUAGGACACGAACCAGCUCCGAUGCCAGCACCCUGAGUGGUCGCCACUCACCUUACCCUUCUGAGCAGGAUGACCUGGGAGAGUCUGAUGGCCACAUGCUGUAUCCUGGAGCGGCGGGGACCAAGAUAACCUCCACCCUGCCCAGCCUGUCUGAAGUGGCUGGAUCCAUGGGCCAACAUGGCUCAGAGAAUGUCAUGGAGAGUCUGCUGGAUAACUUGAACCUGCUGUCUCCUAAAACCCCCCAGCUGGGUUCUGACUCCUCACAUUCCUCAAAUGCUGCUAUGCUUCCGAGUAGCCCCUACAGCUCCACUGGCUUGACCCCGCGCCCACAGCAGGACUACCGUAAGUGCAUGUACAGCCAGAUGAGGAUGAACUCCCUGUCCCCUGCUCCCAUGCAGACACUUCCAGAAACCAAGCCAGGUUUUGGGGCUUAUGAGAGCCAGUACAUCUGCCCUGCUGGCCUCCUCAAAGAGCUGCUGACCUCAGAAGCAGACACCAGUAGGGACAUGAUGCCCCCUAGGGAUACACAGGUGUCUCAGGUUGGGAGGGGAGGUUGCCUAAUGCCCACUUACAGCAGCCAGAGCCACGUAGGGGGUCAUAAUGGAGUAAAAAUGAUGAAUCCUCCUCAGAGUCACCCAGUUCCUCAUGUAAACCCACAAGUUAUACAUAGCCAGGGUCCUUCAACCUCACGAGACUUGAAUAGCUGUAACAUGAUCCCCCUGACUAGUCUGACUAGUCUUUCAGGACCCCCCCCUCGAUUGACCAGCCUGAGGACAUGCAUGCAGCUGCCCCGUGGACACCCAGCACACACUAAUGAUGUUUCGGCAAGCUACGGCAGCAGCAACGGCUACAGGGCACUUAACUCGGUUCACCCACACAGUCAUCAGGAGCGGCUACCCAGUGACCUGGACAACAUGUCCCUUGAGAGGUUUGAAUGUGACAUGGAGACUGUCCUCCAUGAUACCCUCAUGGAUGGCGGGGCACUGGACUUUAACUUUGACCCCGCAGCUGGGCCUCAUGGGUUUCCCCAGAGGGUGAAGACCACCACACAUAGCUGGGUGUCAGGCUAGGAUGCAUGGUGGAUCACAAACAGGUGAGACUGACAAUUAGUCUGGCAGUAAGUGCAUAUAUAAAAACUAUAACAAAUAAAAUGUCCUUAGAAUGUUUCUUAUCUCUGAACAUUUUCCCUCGCAGGUUUUUCUCAGCAUCACCUUCAUUCAGAGACUGUAAAAUGUAAAUCCAAUUCAUGGCAUAUAAAAUAUACAGUACAGUACUGUAUAUUACAUAAGACAGAACACAGUAUCAGAGUGCUUGGUCCAGUGCUUAAAAUGUCAAAAUGGCACCCAAAUCUUUAAAGGAGGACUUGAUAUUACAUUCUAGGGGACCAAAAACCUGCUAAAUCUGACGUUCUAUAUGGUGUGAUCAGUGACAAGAAUUUCCAUUUUUAAGGGUUCAAUUUGAGAAGAUCUUUUAGCAUCCAGCCCUUAAUGGCAAAUGAUUACACAAACACAAGUGUUAACCUAGUGAGAUCAUUAGGCUUAAAUGCUAGAUACACUGAUGUAUCAUCUGCAUAGUGACACAUAUUAACUUUAUUAAAAUAGUGAAUUAAAAUGACCCAGAGGAAACACACACACACCACAUAGCAGAUUAUGCAACAAACACAAAUAAAUCCUGAAAAUAUUCUGAUUGGUGUACACACAGUUAAAAUGUUUAUAGACAGAUGUCGUGGUACAGUGCUGUCAAAUUCAGCACUCGAGUCGGAUAUAAGCGUAAGACCAGCUGCAUCUCUGACUUGAUAUGAAUUGAUAAUUCAUAUACUAUAUGAAGGUAUUUUAAUUCAUAUACUAUAUGAAGGUAUUUAUUUAUGUUUUUAUUUUAAUUGUAGCUGUUGGAUUCUUGCUUUGUACUUUGUAUGCUUGUAAAAUAUGUGUGCCUAUGCUGUGUACAAUGUAUAUACUGUAUUUGAGUUACAUAUUGUUAUGCUGUAUUUUGAUUAAUCAAAUACAGAUACAUUAGAGAUGUUGCCUUCUAAAAACAGUACACUGAAAAAAAAUUAAAAAUUGCAUUGGAUAAACUGAAAAAGUAUGGUAAUCAAGUUGAAAUCAAAUUAACUUUCAAAAAGGGACAUUUUGGAGAAUUAGGAGAUUUUCCCCUGAUUUACGAUGUGUUAUCAGUAGGUGCAGAAGCUGAUGAUGAAAUCGUAAACUGACUGGAAAUGGGUGAUGGUCUACAAAGUUUAGCUAACACAGCACAGGAUUUGCUUGCUAUUUACCUCCCAGCAGCUACAGUUUUUAUGCACCAAAGAGUUGUCUACUUUACCGAGCACAUUUCAAAGAAAGUGUGCCAAUUCACUGUGCCUACAUGGUCUCACGGACUUAUAAUGGUGUACAUAUUAUUUUCUUUAGUAGUACAUUUUUGUAUAUGAAGGGUUUACAUGACUAGGAUAGGGUUAUGUAGUAUUAAGUAUUAUGCUGUAUGUAUGUAUUAUGUGAAAUGGUUGUUUACAUAUCUCAGUCCAAACUAUAUCAAUAAAUAUGAACAGUCAUACCUCAAAUUUUUUUACCUCGGAAGUGUUGAAGGGAGUUUUCCUGCCAUUUUCCUCAGUGAGUAUGUUUGUCUUAAUUUUUGACAUACGUUUUGUACAGAUUUUUUCUCUUUUGUAUUUGAUUAAUACAGUUUGGACCUGUUCAGAGGGAUGCAUUGCCUGCCUUUGUAUUUCUAAUGUUUUCUUGUGCUUGAGGAGUAUAGCCAUUAGUUUCUAGUAAAUAUUUUGUGACAGCAUAGUAAAUCAUUUUAAAUUGAACAUGAAUUUGUGUGAAGUUAUACAUUUUUAAAUAUUUUUUAAAAAGUGUAUUCGUCUGUUCAGACAAAACUCAAGGAAAGGAAUUCAGUAAACAGAAUUGAAUUAUUUUGUGGAAACCAUCUACUUCUGUAAUUAUAAAAGCUUAUUAAAAAAAAUGUGGGAUUUAAUAAUUGGUCAAAUAGCUACCUUGCACAAAUGAGAUUUUGUUAACAUUUAAAAAGUGCUUGAGUCUGCAUUUCAUUAUAAAAAGUUAGUAUAAUAUAGUAUAAUCUUGGACAUUACACAAAGGAUGAAACCUACAAUUUUCUCUUCAGGAAAAAUGGAAUACAGUCUUAUUUUGUCUUUGAUAUUCACAUCCAGGUAUUUUUUGAAAGAAUGCAGUUUUUUUCUAUGUAACCCAUUCAAUGCAUAAAUCACCAUGUGAACUUGCAAUUAAAGGAAGAAAAAUAAAAUGUUA